AUAGAAAACAAAAUGGACAUAAGUCUGCUGAAAAGAAACGCAUUCUUUAAACUACCUAAUUUUUGUCCUCUUUUUGCACUAAACUAUAGCGUAAAAUUUAAGCCAGUGAAUUUAUAUUAUUACACCAAUGACUAUAACUACUAGUCUACUACUACUAGUACUAUUUAUAUAUCUUAUAUCUCAGCCUUUUGUUAUAUUUCUCCCCUUAUUCAUAACUGAAUUUGCAUUGUUUCAAAUUCAAUCACCAUGUAUUGCUUAAACUUGCGUAGAGUACUCCUUCCAACUCAAAAAAUGUGGAAGUUUUUUUCCACCAAAUUACAAAUCAAUUUCCACAAAGUACUCAAUAGAUCCAAAGUCAUUAAGAAAGCCAAGAAUCCAAAUCCUUUAUGCAUCAAGAAACUAGCCCCGUCUCUUGUCUUUCGAGUUCAAUUCAAAACUAAACGUUCAAACAAUAAGUUCAAAUACAAGUCGAAAUUCAGACCUACUCUGAAAUUUCACAAGAAAUCAGCACCAGUAUAUAUAGAUCAACUUUUCAUUGAGAAUAUAUCUGAUUCUGUGGUGAAGAACAACUUUGGCCAAACUAGUAUGAUUACGACAAAGAAGAAGGAGCAUAAACAAGUUUGCAUAACGGAAACCGAACAAGGUGAGAUAAUCCAUGAAGGGGAAAGUAGUAGUAGUAGUAGUAGUGUAACGAAUGAUGAGAUGUGGGAAUCGUUGACAUUGGCAUCUCCACAAUUGCAUUGUAUUAAUGAAAGAGCAGAAGAGUUCAUAGCUAAAUUUCGUGCAGACAUGCUGCGUCAAGAGAAUAUGUUGAUCCAGCGAUUGUAGUAUGGGUUUUUUGUUGUUUUUUUUUCUUUUUCUUUUUUUUUUGUAGUUUUUGUCAGCAUUGAAUAAAAUUUGUCCACUAUAUACAAAUCUAGUUUUUUCUUUUAUA